GAACGGAUGUAAUGUAUAAAGAACUCUACAACACGUCUACGACAAAGAUCAUGGUCCUAGGUGCAGGAUGUUCCAUCGUUACCCAGCCAACGGCACAAGCAUCACAUCUAUGGAACCUGCUUCAGUUGUCGUACUCAUCAGCCUCUCCCAAGUUAUCAGAACGGGACCUCUUUCCAAAGUUCUUCAGGAUGUUCCCUCCUGAGACGGUCUUCAAUGUCGUCAAGUUCGCCAUGUUACAUCAUUUCAACUGGCGUAAGGUCGCCACUUUGCACCAAACCAUCGAACUGUUCUCACUGCCGACCGCGGAUUUCCUGACUGGUGCUCGCUUGCAAGGAAUUGAGAUCAUCGCAUCAGAAAGCUUCUCUGAAGACCCCUCCCUUCAAGUCACAAACCUUAAGAAACAAGGAGCACGUAUCAUCAUCGGUAACUUUUAUGAGAACCGAGCGCGACAGGUAUUCUGCCAGGCUUACAAAGAUGGAUUGUACGGAGAAAAAUACGUGUGGAUCAUCACAGGUUGGUAUAGCAAUGAGUGGUGGAGGGUAAGGGAUCCAGCUCAUCCUCACGAUUGCACCUCGGAGCAGAUGGAUGAGGCUGUACGAGGGUACUUCACCACAGAUGCGUUACCUCUCAGUCUAGCGCAACAUCCAGGCGUGUCGGGAAAGACCACGGAGCAGUUUUGGGAGGAGUAUAACGAGUAUGUCGGAGGUAACCCUGAAAGUCUCUCAGGUUACCAGGAGGCUCCUUAUGGGUAUGACAGUGUCUGGACCAUAGCUCUCAUGCUACAGGAAGCUGAAGAGAUGCUUCAGAGAAUGGAUCCGCCGAAAUCGAUCGCCGACUUCAGCUAUGAUGAUGACGAAAUAGCGGACAUAUUCUACAACAUCAUGAACAAAACCAACUUCGAAGGGGUGUCUGGGCCAGUCCAAUUCACUGCCGCUGGUGACAGAAAAGGUCUGAUGCAGGUUGAGAGGCAGAUAGGAAAUACCGAAGUACGUGUUGGUAUCUACGAUCCAUCCAGAAACCCUGGAGAUGAGUUGACAUGGAGUCAAGAAAACCCCAUCAUCUGGCAAGGUGGACGACCACCACUCGACUCAAUCAUCGAGCGAGAAACUCGUGUGAACAUCUCCUUCGCGAUCUUCAUCGUGAUGACGGCUCUGGCCUUGGCUGGGAUCAUCAUGGCCGUCGCUUUCCUUGCCUUCAAUAUCAAAUACAGAGCAAAGAGGUACAUCAAGAUGUCUAGCCCUAAGAUGAAUAAUCUGAUCCUCGGAGGAGGGAUACUUGCAUACCUCUCCAUCAUCUUCCCUGGGGUAGACUCCAUCGAUAUCGAUGACGUCACAUUCGUAUGGAUGUGUAGGUCUAACUUAUGGAGUCUAGCUAUCGGAUUCUCAAUGGCCUUUGGUGCAAUGUUUACAAAAACAUGGCGGGUUCAUCGCAUCUUUACCACCAAAACUGCGAUGAGAACGAUGAUCAAAGACUAUCAGUUAUACGGCGUGGUCAUGGUCCUCAUCAUACUCGAUAUCAUCGUCUUCGGUUUUCGAGAAAUCUUCGAUCCGAUCUUCCUAGACGUUCAGACCAGUAGACAGAACCAAGAUGAGGAUGUAGUGUUAGUGUUGCUUCGGCGGACAUGUACGUCACACUACGUGGUAUAUUGGAAUGGUAGUCUACUCGUACUCAACGGGCUUCUACUGGUCUUCGGGGCUUUCUUAGCCUGGGAGACUAGGAAGGUCACUGUACCAGCUCUCAACGAUUCCAAGUAUAUCGGUAUGAGUGUCUAUAAUGUGGUGGUCCUGUCUUUCGUUGGAGUACCGGUCUCCCUGGUAUUAGACGAUGUCAACGCCCACUACGCAAUCAUUGCAAACUUUGUCUUCUUCGCCACCACGCUCACACUGUGCAUGGUCUUUGUGCCUAAACUUCGGGUUCGUAAUGAAGUGGAACCUAAAGGAACUAUGUUUUCAACGAUGGGUAACAGUCAUAAUCAACAAAGUAUUACAGAGCCUGCACCGGAUAAGAAAAUACGGAUGUUAAGUGACCGGAUAGAAAACCUACAAGACCGACUGGAUAAGAAGAAUAAUCGAAUCAAGGAGUUGGAGAGCUGCGUCAUACCCUCAUCCGAUGCAACCAAAGGAGAGUGUAGCAGCGACCUCAGCACGGAAAGAUGCGAAGAAGCGCGAGAACAAGCCGGUCCAUCUCACCACAGAUGAGGAUUACUCCAACACAGUAUGGACAUCAUCAUUACACCAACCAUCAGUGGCGUAGAUGAGGGGGGCACGGAGGGCACGCGCCCCUCCUCAGUCGAAUGGAGACGCAAAAAAGAGGUGACAACAAGAGGAGAGAUGAAGCAAAUGGGAAAAGAACGUGAGAUAAUAAUAUGAGGAAGGUCGAUAGCUCGAAAACGCUCUUCAAAGGUUAUACUAUGUGGAUCAGUAAUGUGGGGAUAACAUGAUAAGUUUGGAAUGAAAUAUGUUGUAAGAGGUGCAUCAAACGAUGAUCGGGAAAUGCUUUGGGGUGAUCCGCCGAUCUGCGUCCUUGAUGUGUAGUGUACAGAGAAGAAAAACCAAUGAAGAUAGUUAUUAAAAGGGUGCUG